AGAUAAGAUAUGAAUCCGAAUUCAAAAGUAAUCAUAAUCACAAAUCUAACCAUGAAGUUCAUACUUCUUGUAUUAUUUAAUUUAGUUUCAACUUUUGCAAAUCAGGACCUGAAUCCUGAAAUAUCUACACCACUCGGCAAGAUACAAGGUUCCACCCUUGUCUCAAGAUUAAACGAAACUAUUUUUGCCUUUAGAGGAGUGCGUUAUGCACAACCACCUAUCGGAGAUCUUCGUUUUAAACCCCCAGUCCCGGUAAACAAAUGGUCAGGUGUUUACAAUGCCACUAGUGACGGUCCUGUUUGUCCUCAACCAACCGAUGAUCCUGUUUCUGAAGACUGUCUUCUUCUAAAUGUCUACACCACUGAACUCCCUGAUAAUGACAAUAAGCCAAAACGCCCCGUCAUUGUCUACUUACACCCAGGUGGUUUUUACAGUGUGACAGGUCGUAGUGACUGGGCUGGGCCACAAUAUUUCACGGACCAUGAUAUUGUUUUGGUCACUUUUAAUUAUCGACUGGGGUCUUUAGGUUUCAUUAGCACCGGUGAGGAUGCUCCAGGAAACAACGGAUUAAAAGACCAAGUUCUGGCCUUAAAAUGGGUGAAAAAUUAUAUUGAAUAUUUCGGGGGAGACCCAGAUAUGGUUACUUUGUUUGGCUACAGCGCUGGUUCCUGGAGCAUCACUCUGCAUCUGGUAUCACCCAUGUCAAGUGGUUUGUUCCAUAAAGCCAUAAUUGGAAGUGGCUCAGUUUUGGGGCAAUGGAAGUUACCUCGAAAUCAGCUAGAAUUAGCCAAAAAGCAAGCGAGAUUAGUGGGUUGUCCUGUGCUUAACCCUAAGGAUAUGAUUGCUUGUUUGAAAUCAAUUCCAGCGGAAGUGUUAGGAAAUUCUUUGGAUGGGUUUGAUGAGUUUUCGUACGAUCCUGUAAUUGUGUGGUAUCCGGUUAUUGAGGACGGUUUCGGGCAAGAAAGGUUCUUAACCGAAGACCCAAUUAAAAUGUUUGAAAGAGGAGACUUUCAAAAAGUCCCAAUUGUAAUUGGGGUGACAAAGGACGAGUUUGGCAACAGGGCCUUUCCUAUUCUUCUUAAUGCUACACUAACAAAUGAGUUAAGCAAUGAUUUUGAAACUUAUGCCCCGAUUUGUUUUCUGUACGAACGUGAAACAAACAAAUCCAAAGAAAUAAGUGCAGCUCUGAGAGAAUUUUAUCUAGGAAAUGAUCCUUUAACUAACUCCUCUCUUCAGGGCAUUGCAGACGCAUUUGCUGAUUCAAUUAUAGGUUUUGCUGCAAACAGAGCUGCCAGGCUAAUAUCGCUAAAAAAUUCUGAACCCGUUUACUAUUACGAAUUUACUUACCAAGGCCGUUUCAGUCAUUUUUAUCUUCCUGACAGUAAUAAUACCAUUCCGUAUGGUGUGGUUCAUCACGAUGAUUUGAUUUAUCUGUUCUAUAUCUCGGCAAUGUUUCCGUUUUUUGACGAUAGUUAUCCCGAGAGUGAAAUGGUGGAUAAACUGACUUUAAUGUGGUCAACUUUUGCCAAAACUGGUUAUCCGAUUCCUGAGACGGGCACCAUUCUCGCAGGGAUAAAUUGGGAACCCUUUAAUAUAUCCAGUAACAAAUAUCUGGAAAUUGGCAAGGAGAUUGUUCUUAAAGAGGGAUUGUAUCAGGAGAGGUACAAUUUCUGGAAUGAAUUAUUUCCGAUAAGAAAAUUAUGUUUUUGAAAUUUUGACUGGAGAAUUGUAUUGUAAAAUGUUUUAUUUCUUGUAAAAUAUUGGUAGGUAUAUGAAAAAAAAGCCACUGGUAUUUUUAUCAAUAUAUUCAUGUUCGUA